AUGCCGCAGGACUUUAUGGAGCGAGCUCUGGCUGGGAAAUCAAACCCCGCAGUGAUUUCCCCCCAAGACCCCACCCUGCUGAUCGGCUCCUCGCUGGUCGCCACGUGCACGGUCAGCCCGGACUUUCACCUGAAAGCCGAGGACCUGUACUGGACCCUGAACGGCCGGCGUUUGCCCGCUGCCUCCUACGCCGCCCUCGGCCCCACCACGCUCAGCGUGGCCCUCGCCCGCCUCAACGGCUCCAAGCAGCAGUCGGGGGACAACCUGGUGUGUCACAGCAGAGACGGCGGCAUCUUGGCCGGCUCCUGCCUUUACGUUGGACUACCCCCAGAAAAACCAGUCAACAUCACCUGCUGGUCCAAAAACAUGAAGGACCUCACCUGCAAAUGGGCACCGGGGACGGAAGGGGAGACCUUCCUGCACACCAACUACACCCUCAAGUACAAGCUCAGGUGGGGCCACCCCCCUUCAUUCCCAUUAUUCUUAAAAAAAAGCCAGUUUUUUUUUUCACAUCCGUGGCUCCUUAACCCCCGCGGCGCUGCCUGUGCCGGCCCCGCCAGCCCCUGCCCUGUCCCCGCAGUCACCACCGACCCGCCGUCGGACGUGCACGUCAGCCGGGUGGGGGACCUGGAGGAUCAGCUGAGCGUGCGCUGGAGCUCCCCGCCGGCGCUCAAGGAUUUCCUCUUCCAAGCCAAGUACCAGAUCCAGUACCGGGUGGAGGACAGCUCGGAAUGGAAGGUGGUGGAUGAUGUGGGCAACCAGACGUCCUGCCGCCUGGCCGGCCUCCGCCCCGGCACAGUCUACUUCGUCCAGGUGCGCUGUAAUCCCUUCGGCAUCUACGGCUCCAAGAAAGCCGGCAUCUGGAGCGACUGGAGCAACCCCACCGCCGCCUCCACCCCGCGCAGUGAGCGAGCGGCGGGGGGCUGCGACCCCAAAGGGGGGGAGCAAAACACGACGUUGCGGCGGGGGGGGGAGGAGGUUUUUGGGGGGGGAGAAAAAAAGAAACACGCCUACGGCUGCUCCAACCUCGGCAUCAAGCUCUACGACCAGUGGCGCGUGUGGCUGCAGAAAUCGCACAAAACACGCAACCAGGUUCUUCCCGGCGAUAAGUUGUAG